AUGGCGCUCCCUUUGACAGCAUCGCAGACCCUCGAGGCUGUCUACAACUCGUUGGCUCCGUUAUGGGUGGAGCUUUCCUUCCUGUUUUUCUUCUCCAUGGGCUUUUUCUAUCUCCGUGCCGAGAACUUUCGCAAAGGGAAGAAGUUUCAAAAAGACGGAACUUCAAGGGUGAAGGGCCUUGAGCCACAGUUCCGUGCUCCGGUUCGCAAGACACUUGAAGCCGAAGCCGCUGCAGGUAACGCCUCCAAACUUCUGGAAGCAUGGCGAACCGAACAGAGCAAGGCACCCACACCGAGAGACCUGCUGAAGCCCGUUGUCCAAGCAUUCAUCGAUGCAGAGCCCGAGGCGUUGGUUGUUGAAAUCAUUGGGCACCUUGAAAUGCACAAGGACAGCUUGGUGAAUUCGUGGUGUGGUACGGUGAUCUUGGACACGGUGGCACGUUCGGGCAACGUUGAGGUGAUGAUGGAGUUGUGGGACGUGUUCCAGAAGAAACUGAGCUUGAUUCGCAGCUGCUCGAUGUUUGAGGUGGUUCUUGGAGGAUUUGCUUCUGCUGGUCAUCCUGAGAAGGUGGCUGAGUUUGAAGCUUUGAUGCGCAAAGACAGGCUGAAACUAUCUCCGCGUGGCCACUCGCUGAUCAUCAAGGGCUUCCUGAAGAAUGGCUUGGUGGACGAGGUCUUCCACCGCAUCAUCGCAAUGACCAAAUCCGGGCACGUCGUGCCUGCCUUUGCCGUGGCUCAGUUUUUGCGCGUGGCUGCUGAGAAUGGGAAGGCUGCCGCAAUGUACGAGCAACUUUUGGAGGAGGGCAUCUCUCUUGGCACAGAAGCUGUCACGGUGAUCCUCGAGGAAUGUGUGAAGAGUCACGAUGCAAAGCUUGCCCGAAAAGUGGAACAGCAUGCCCGUACUGCCCGCGUGCCGUUCAACAUGCAUGCCUAUGAUGCCAUGCUGAAGGCCUAUGCAGAGGAUUGUGAUGUCCGCGCACUUGAGAUCUUCAAAGAGAUGCAGGCCGAAGGCCACACCAUCAGCGAAGGCCUUUGUGUCGGUCUUUUGGCUCGCUGUGCCGAGGGCAAGUUCCUGAGCUUCGCUGAGGAGAUCAUCCGUUUCGUACGUGCCGGUGGUGCCGGUGCUGGAAUGACCAUCGCCGUCUACAGUGGCUUGAUGAAAGUCUACGCCUACAGCGGAAUGUACGGCAAAGCCUGUGAUUUGUACGACCAGAUCCGCUCCGACGGCUUGGAACCGGACCAGAUGAUGUACGGCUGCCUGAUGAAGUUCUCCGUGGAAUGCGGCAGGACCGCCUUGUCCCAAGAGCUCUCCGAGAAGCUCUCCGUGCUCGACAUCCAGAACUACAUGUCCCUCAUCAAGGCUGCUGGUCGUGACCGUGAUGUCGACCGUGCAUUUGGUAUCAUCCAACGCCUCCGUGAGAACAAUGUCAAGCCGGAUGCCAUUGCCUUCAACUGUGUCUUGGAUGUUUGCGUGAAAGCUGGCGAUAUCCACCGUGCCAGACAGCUGGUUCAAGAGAUGGAGGAACUUGGCCUGCUGGAUAUCAUCACCUACAACACCUUGCUGAAAGGAUACUGCAACAAUAACGACAUCAAAGGUGCCAAGGACCUGCUGUCUGAGAUGUCGGCCGCAAACUUCGAGCCAAAUGAUGUUUCCUACAACUGCAUCCUCAAUGCAGCUGUGAACUGCGGCAACUUUGAAGACGCGUGGGAUACCAUCGCGAAAAUGGAACAAAUGAACGUGAAGCCUGACCACUACACUGUGUCCAUCAUGCUCAAAGCGCUGAAGAGAGCCAAAGGCACCAAGGAUGUGCAUCGCUGCCUGAGCUUUUUGGAUCGCUCCAGCAUUGAUCCCUGCUCAGAUGAGAUUCUGAUGAACACUGUGUUGGAGACCUACAUUCGCCACAAGGAAUACAGGCGUUUGGAAAGCCUCCUCAGCAAAUUUGAGCAGUCAAACUUGCGACCUUCAGUUCCUACUUAUGGCUCGAUCAUCAAGGCAUACGCAAACCUGAAGCGCCCAGAGAAGUGCUGGCACUUUUGGAAUGAGAUGCAAGGCCAGCGAGGCUUGGAGCCCAACGACAUCGUCUUCGGCUGCAUGCUCGAUGCUCUCGUGUGCAACAACCAAGUGGAUGAAGCCGUGAAGCUCUUCGAGAGCAGCACUCUGAAGCCCAACGCCGUGCUGUGCUCCAUCCUCGUGAAGGGCUUCACAACCACAGGGCAGACCCAACGUGCCAUGUCUCUGUGGCAUGAAAUGCGCAGCAAGGGCGUGAGGAUGAACACAGCCGCAUGCAACGCCUUCGUCGAUGCUCAAGCUCGAGUUGGUAACAUGGAUGAGGUGCUGCUCAUUGUGGAAGCCAUGGCACAAGACGGUUGCAGGCCAGAUGGCAUCACCCACUCCACCAUUGUGAAAGGCUAUGCCGUGAAAGGAGAUCUGGACAAGGCAAUGGAUGUCUUGCGCAGCAUGCAGGACAGUGGCAUGCACCACGAUGCCAUCGUGUACAACACCAUCCUUGACGGAUGCACCAAGCACAAGCGAACAGACCUUGUGGACCCAAUCCUUGAGAGCAUGCAGGAGCACCACAUCAGCCCAACCAACUUCACAUUGGGCAUCCUGGUGAAGUUCUACAGUCGCCAGAAGCAGCUGGACAAGGCAUUUGCAUGCAUGACUACCCUGCCGAAGCGUGGGAACUUUAUUCCAAAUUGCCAAGUCUGGUCUUGCUUAAUGGGAGCUUGCCUGAUGAAUGGCAGUCCUGCCAAAGCGUUGCAAGUGUUCCGUGACAUGCGUGCUACAGGGCAGAGUGCUGACACAAGGGCUUGUACAUCACUGGUGUCGGGCUUGGUGCGCAUGGGCCAAUUGAAAGAUGCCGUGCAGGUGGUGGAUGAUGUGCUUGGACUCACCGGCAAAGGCAAGUGUCAUGGUGUUACCAUUGACCAGGAUUGUUUGGAGAGUUUGUUGACUGCCUUGGUUCAGAAAGGUUUGCGUGAAGACAUGGCAGCACCGCUCUUGGAACGGCUCCGUGCAGCCCAUGUUCCGCUGAGUGGCCGUCUGAUGGCCGCAACCCUCGCUGACGGACCGGACUAUGCAGGACCUCCAAAUCCACGCUCAAAAUCAAAGUCCCAAUACUACGCAUAA